UGUCACGUCCUUUGCACGAAGGCAACAUAAACACAACCGACCGCACAACCAUCUAAUACUGGAAGAGCGAGACAGUUCCGCCAGCAGUGGAUCAGGUGACCCAGGAAUGACCCUGUUGAAGCCGCGCCCACGGUCUGGUCACGUAGCGUGACACCAUCCACGCCUCCUUCACGUCAAUUUUACGUCGUCAGCGCAUGCGCACCCCCGCAGCGCCGCUUCCGGGUUUCCAUUCCUCUGUGCACACGUCAUCACACCUCUGCCGUGUGUACAAUUUACAGUGUACAGUCAGUGCGUGUCCCCCUCCCUCUCCCCGCCGCGUCCCCAGCACCGGGGCCUGCUCCGUCAUCUGCUCCCUGCCUGAGCCUCUAACAACUGCAACCACCGCCGUCACCACCAUGAAUUUCCUUAGGGGAGUGAUGGGAGGUCAGCCGAGCUCCGGGUUGCAGCCAUCUGGAGCCGAGACUAUCCAGAAACUGUGUGACAGAGUUGCCUCAUCUACUUUGCUUGAUGACCGAAGGGAUGCUGUACGAGCCCUCAAAUCGUUGUCAAAGAAAUAUCGUCUUGAGGUGGGCACUCAGGCCAUGGACCAUCUUAUGAAUGUCUUACAGACUGACCGUGCUGACUCUGAAAUCAUUGGGUAUGCUUUGGAUACACUUUACAAUGUAAUCUCUAAUGACACAGAGGAGACAGCCGAAUCAGAAGAUGAGAACCAGCAAGUACAGCCUGACGAUCUGGGAGUGCAGUUUACAGAAAUGUUUAUUAAACAGCAAGACAAUGUCACACUCCUCCUGUCUAUUUUAGAGGAGUUCGAUUUCCAUGUACGGUGGCCCGGGGUGAAAUUACUGACCACUCUUCUAAAACAGCAGGGAACUCAAGUUCAGCAAAUUAUUUUGGUCAGUCCAAUGGGUGUUUCCAGACUUAUGGAUUUGCUAGAUGAUUCUAGAGAGGUGAUCCGUAAUGAUGGUCUUCUAUUGUUACAGCAAUUAACGAAAAGUAAUGCUGCCAUUCAGAAAAUUGUAGCCUUUGAAAAUGCUUUUGAGAGACUCCUAGAUAUCAUUUCAGAAGAAGGGAAAAGUGAUGGGGGUAUCGUAGUAGAAGAUUGCUUGUUAUUACUCCAGAAUUUACUGAAGUACAAUAACUCCAAUCAAAACUUUUUUAAAGAAGGCUCCUACAUUCAGCGAAUGAAGCCAUGGUUUGAGGUGGGAGAUGACAACUCUGGAUGGUCUGCACAGAAAGUGACAAACCUUCAUUUGAUGCUACAGUUGGUCAGAGUCCUUGUGUCUCCGGUAAAUCCUCCUGGUGGCACUACCAGCUGCCAGAAGUUUAUGUACCAGUGCGGUUUGCUACAGCAGCUCUGCAUCAUCUUAAUGGCAACAGGGGUCCCAGCAGACAUACUAACGGAAACCAUAAACACAGUCUCUGAGGUCAUUAGAGGCAGCCAGGUUAAUCAGGACUACUUUGCAUCGGUAAAUGCUCCAUCAAAUCCACCAAGACCUGCAAUUGUGGUGCUCCUGAUGUCCAUGGUGAAUGAAAGGCAGCCAUUUGUUUUGAGAUGCGCAGUUUUGUACUGCUUCCAGUGCUUUCUUUACAAGAAUCAGAAGGGUCAAGGAGAAAUUGUAGCAACUCUUCUCCCCUCAACAAUUGAUGCCACUUCAUUGUCUGCUGGGCAGCUGCUUUGUGGUGGACUUUUUUCUCCAGAUUCACUUUCCAACUGGUGUGCUGCAGUGGCGCUGGCUCACGCUCUGCUGGAGAAUUCUACCCAGAAAGAACAGCUGCUCAGAGUCCAGCUUGCAACUAGUAUUGGUAACCCUCCUGUAUCCCUGCUACAGCAGUGUACCAACAUCCUGUCACAGGGGGAUAAGAUCGACAGACGGGGUAGUAAAGUACAGAGCAGAGUCGGGCUGUUAAUGUUGCUGUGUACUUGGUUAACCAGCUGUCCCAUUGCGGUCACACAUUUCCUUCACAAUGCAGCUAAUGUGCCUUUUCUCACAGCACAGAUAUCGGAGAACCUUGGAGAAGAGGAGCAGCUGGUUCAGGGCCUAUGUGCCCUGCUGCUGGGCAUCUGUGUUUACUACAAUGAUAACUCCCUUGAAAACAAUACCAAAGAGAAGUUGAAGCAGUUGAUAGAGAAGAGAAUUGGAAAAGAAAACUUCACAGAAAAACUUGGCUUUAUCACCAAGCAUGAAUAUUAUUCCAAGGCUGCCCAAAAACCCCAGCCGAGCUUCUCCAGUCCAGAUCACAUGAUGUUUGAUCAUGAGUUCACUAAACUAGUUAAGGAACUAGAGGCGGUUAUUAUAAAAGCCAUCUACAAGUCUAGUGAAGAGGACAAGAAAGAGGAGGAAGUUAAAAAGUCUCUGGAACAACAUGAUAACAUUAUAUCUCACUACAAAACAGUCAUCCGGGAACAGGAUUUGCAACUAGAAGAACUGAAGCAAACCGUUUUUUCCUUGCAAGCUAAAAAUGAACAGUUCCAGACUACUGUUUCCCAGCAUUUGGCCCAAAUUCAACAACACAAAGAUCAGUACAAUCUUCUCAAGGUACAACUAGGAAAAGAUAGCCAGCAUAACAACGCUCAUAACAACAAUGCACAGGUGAAUGGGUUCCAGUCUGAAGAGGUUAGUCGGUUAAAAGAAGAAAUAGAAGAAUUGAAAAAACAGCAUGAAUUGCUACAAGGAGAGCUUUCAGAGACGAAUGUACUGGUGGAAAGCUUGAAGCACAGUCCAGCAGGUGGUCAGACGGAGCAAAUGACUGGAGUUUCUGAGCAGGCUGCUGAGCUUCAAAAGGAGAUGGAAACCCUAAGAUCCCAGCUACAUGUUCAGUCUGUAGAGAUCAACAGACUACAAUCAGAAAGAAUGGAGCUUCUUGAAAAAUUAGAGCUUCCAGUAACAGCAUCCUAUGAUCAUACAGUACCUGCUGCUUCCAAAGAUAAUGCCUAUGAAGAGAAGGUGGCAAACUUGCUGCAAGACCUUAAUUCUGUAAAGGAAGAGCUAAAAGCAUUAUCUGAGGAGAAGUUUUCUUUAAAACAGGAGCUGGAUUCAGCUCGCAGUACAUCAGCUAUUUUACAAGAUGAGAAACUGAAACUAGUGCAGGACCUGGCAGAGUCCAAGAAGGAACAAGAUGAUCUGUUGAUACUUCUGGCUGAUCAAGACCAGAAAAUCCUCUCUCUGAAGAAUAAACUGAAAGAACUUGGAGAACAGGUGGAUGAUGAAGAUGAUUUGGAGUCUGGAGAUGCAGAGGAUGAUCUGGAUGACGAAGAUAGUAGAGAAGAUGAUAUGUAGAGAGAUAUUCAUUGUGCUUUUUUUUUAUACAGAAAACAAUAAUCCGCAAAUUAGUAAUUUCCCUAAUUCAGCCUGUAGGCAAUGUGACUGCAAAUCAAAGGAAGUUAUGUAGGUUCUAGAGCUGUUGCCAUAAUUAUUCUAUACAGCCAACAGGUAUAUGGAUUGGUUUGGAAAUUUGGUCUUAAGGCUCUGACAGUGUUAUUUUUCGCACCUUCUCUGUGGUGCAACUCUUACUCCUUGUCCAGUGAAAACAUUGCUAUGCAGUGUCAAAUUAUCCCCAGUACUUGCAGUGCUGGCACAUAGAAUUCUAUCUGCUGAAACCUGCUGCUACAGCCACUUCACCCACACAAAAUCAGGAAAAGAUCACAGAUAACUGACUCAGUUCUAAGACAGGAAAGUUAAUGGAGCAAGGACGUUAAAAUAAAGCUACUGCUCCUUGUUAUUUUAAAGUGUUUAAAUAUGAGGGUAGUAGGUCUAGUGCCUUCACGCCUAAAGCUGCGUUCCUCACUGUUCAUGUUAUACUCUACUGCAAAUGUGUAGGCAUUAUUCUGCUAUAUUCUCAUUUCUUUUAUUUGCACCAUAUAUACUUUUAAGUGGUAGGAGGGUUGCAUAAUACAACACCAUUUAAAAUGUUUUCAAACUUAGAACUUGCCAUUGCCCCUGGUUUACUGUACUGUUUAAGUGAGACAGAGUUAUAUAAUUUAUUGGCUUACGACAGGCCAUAGAAAUGAAAGUACAGAAUGACAUUUUAAAGAGUGAAAAUAUGAAUUACAUUAAUUUCAUGUUUUACAAAUAAAAUAAUGCAUUUACUUACCA